CGUUGCCAUUUUGUUAAACAGAUUUUCGAAGUGGUUUGUAAGGUUUAUUGACCGUUGGAAAAGAAAAGACUUGCUUUCGUUUGACAGUUUUAUCAUCAACUGUACGUAAUUGUACACAGGGAUUGAUAAUCCAACCUUUCCUGAAGCUCAUUUCCUUUAUUGGAUCGUGACGUGCACGUGAGCCGGGUGAAACGAUGGACGAGAUGGAUGACACACCACCAAGACCAAGUCGACCGACGGUAUUUAUGAGAAUUACAAAAAGAAGAAACAUGUUGGAUAACUUGCAUUUGGAGCAGGAGUCGUUUAAACUGAUGGAAGGUAUUAAGAUGUUGAAGAUGGAGAUGCUGGUGAACCUGGUGAAGAACCUGAUGAGGGAGCUGGAUUAUGAGCAUUUCUUUUUAUCGUCAAAUAAGCUGGGGCUUGUUGCAAUGGAUGAAUUAAAAAAGAUGGAGAAGAUGUUGGAUUUGGAGCAGAAGUCAGAUAAACUGAUGAUGGAGAAGAUUAAGAUGUUGAAAAUGGAGGUGAUGAAGGAACUGGUGAAGUACCUGGAUUAUUUCUCAUUAUUGCCAACAAACGAGCCAUUUCACGCAAUGGAUGAAUUGAAGACGGUGGAGAAGAUGUUGUAUUUGCAGCAGAAGUCUGAUAAACUGAUGAUGGAGAAGAUUAAGAUGUUGAAAAUGGAGGUGAUGAAGAGCCUGGUGAAGAACCUGGAUAAUUUCUCAUUAUUGAAGUUUUCGUCGUCUUGGGGGAUUGAGGAUUUGCUCGAAUGGGAUUUGAUAGUAAAGCGUCAGUUGGUGGAGAACAUGAUCUUAACGACAAAGCAAAAAUUGAGGUGUGAAAAAAGAAAGGCUUUAUUAACAAAGAACAGUGUGUAUUCCAAGAAAGGUUGUAGCUACUCGGAGACAUGUUUAUCCAAGAAGAAGACGUAUUCCAAACUGAAUUGUGGCUAUUCUGACGUGUUUUUAUCAACAGAUGACAAUGCGUGCUCAGAGCGAGUUUGUAAUUUUUCAAUACAAAUUAGUAAAGGUAAACGACCACUCGCUCCCGCUUCUUAUUCAAGAAACGGGGUCGUUUACAAGGCAAAAAAGCGAAAUUCGUGCACGGAGCAAUUACAAGGAUGGACAGGAAUAACAGUGAUAUAUUUAAAGAUAUUUCUCAAGGUGAACUACCAAAUUUGGAUACUCUUUAUGGCUACCUAUUUAGUGAUACUGAAAAUCCUUCAGUUCAAAACAACAUUGCAGCCCAAGAGAAUCCACUUUUUGACGGAUUGUCAACUCUCAUUGAAAACGUCGGGGUUGAAACGGCAGAUUUUUCAGCUGAAAACAACGACGCAGAACAAAAAUUGCUAGAAGAAAUUCUACACGAACUUUUUUGGCAAAAUUUUAAAGAUUUACUUGGUACAAUAGAAGAACCUGAUCAAGUCUUCUAUGAACAAUUUAUGAAUCUGACAACAAUGUCAGCAGAGUCAAAUAUGAACUCUUUUAACACUGAACCUACAACUGACAAUAUAGCCUCGGAACCCAACAGAGGAACUCUAGAAUCCAUCGGCGAACUUGAUAAUACAACUACGGUACCUAAUGUUACCCCAGAUACCCCUUACAAUACUGAUUCAGGCGUAUUUGCGGGUAAAGCUCCUCCCCUCAUCGGAAGCCAACUUAUCACCAUUGUGAAUCCUGGCAGCAGAAAGAGACCCUUUGAAGAAGACAUUGAACCUAUCGAAGCAGUUUUCCCUGUGUCGAAGAAGAGAAUGGAACAACCCUGUUGCUCUAGAGAUAUAGAAGAAAGAUUACAUCCUGUGUCUUCAUGUGCAAGUGGAGUUUCAUCUAUGGAAGAAAGAAUACAUCCUGUGUCUUCAAGUGGAGCUUCAUCUGUGGAAGAAAGAAUACAUCCUGUGUCUUCAAGUGGAGCUUCAUCUGUGGAAGAAAGAAUACAUCCUGUGUCUUCAAGUGGAGCUUCAUCUAUGAAAGAAAGAAUACAUCCUGUGUCUUCAAGUGGAGCUUCAUCUGUGGAAGAAAGAAUACAUCCUGUGUCUUCAAGUGGAGCUUCAAAUAUGGAAGUAAGAAUACAUCCUGUGUCUUCAAGUGGAGCUUCAUCUGUGGAAGAAAGAAUACAUCCUGUGUCUUCAAGUGGAGCUUCAAAUAUGGAAGUAAGAAUACAUCCUGUGUCUUCAAGUGGAGCUUCAUCUGUGGAAGAAAGAAUACUUCCUGUGUCUUCAAGUGGAGCUUCAUCUGUGGAAGAAAGAAUACAUCCUGUGUCUUCAAGUGGAGCUUCAAAUAUGGAAGUAAGAAUACAUCCUGUGUCUUCAAGUGGAGCUUCAUCUGUGGAAGAAAGAAUACUUCCUGUGUCUUCAAGUGGAGCUUCAUCUGUGGAAGAAAGAAUACAUCCUGUGUCUUCAAGUGGAGCCUCAAAUAUGGAAGUAAGAAUACAUCCUGUGUCUUCAAGUGGAGCUUCAUCUGUGGAAGAAAGAAUACUUCCUGUGUCUUCAAGUGGAGCUUCAUCUGUGGAAGAAAGAAUACAUCCUGUGUCUUCAAGUGGAGCUUCAAAUAUGGAAGUAAGAAUACAUCCUGUGUCUUCAAGUGGAGCUUCAUCUGUGGAAGAAAGAAUACUUCCUGUGUCUUCAAGUGGAGCUUCAUCUGUGGAAGAAAGAAUACAUCCUGUGUCUUCAAGUGGAGCCUCAAAUAUGGAAGUAAGAAUACAUCCUAUGUCUUCAAGUGGAGCUUCAUCUGUGGAAGAAAGAAUACAUCCUGUGUCUUCAAGUGGAGCUUCAAAUAUGGAAAGAAUACAUCCUGUGUCUUCAAGUGGAGCUUCAUCUGUGGAAGAAAGAAUACUUCCUGUGUCUUCAAGUGGAGCUUCAUCUGUGGAAGAAAGAAUACAUCCUGUGUCUUCAAGUGGAGCUUCAAAUAUGGAAGUAAGAAUACAUCCUGUGUCCUCAAGUGGAGCUUCAUCUUUGGCACAAUCCCAUGACAGAACAAAUCGUGUUCGCGGUCCGUCGAGAGAAGCUCGAUUGAAUCAACAAGAAAAUCAGCUUGAAACGGAAAAUCAAGAUUUGAGGGCCCAGGUGCAGGAGUUGUUGAGACAGAUCGAGUUCCUGAGGAACUAUAUAGGCAGUAAAUUAAAAGGUCAGUGUUAUUACUGUGAAAAAUGA